AUGCAGGUGCCUAGAGUGAGGCAGCUGCGUGUUCAAGGAGGUGGUGCUGAGGAGAGUCCUGCUCCACAGGGAAGCCCUGAGCCCAGCACCCAAAGGUCACCAGCAAGCUCAGAAAAGGUGCAGUCCAGUUUGUCUAAGUUUUUUGGCAGCACACCUGAACAGCAGCUAUCUCAGCCAACACCACCCAGCUUCACCAAAAACAUCACCAAGAGGCAAAGGCUCAGCAGAUUUGCACAAGAUGCUCUGAGAGAGAGAGAAGAACAUCUUAGAAGAAUUGCUGAGCUGGAAGCUGAGAAGGCUGAGACCAAUGAGGAAUUGGAAGAAGUUGCUAGGCUUGCCAAAAGACAGCCUGGGAGGCCUAGAAAAUCUGAGGAAGAUGUGGCAAAAGGAAGGAAGAUGCCAGGCACCCAAGCUGAGCGUCUUGAGAUCACAGCAACAACAAAGUACAAGUACUGCUGUGAGAUGGAAUUAGCUCAGAAAGAGUUUGUUGAUAAGAAAGACUUCUGGAAAGCAAUGGUGAGAAGGUAUGGGCUGACUAAGCAGCAGCUCAUGAGCAUGCUCAGCAAGAAAGAGCAUUGGCAUCAGCUCAGCAAGCAGCAACCAAAGCUGAAAGGACUCAGAAAGCGCGAGAAGACUGGAAGAAAGAGGUCCUUAGGAGCAGGGAGGAAGGUUCCCUUCCCUGACAUCGUUGCUGGGAUGAAGCAAUGGCUCUCAAUUGAAAGAGCUUGUGGGCACAGCAUCUCUAAGGCUGAUCUGGCAGCUGAGUAUCUGGCUAGGCUCCAGCUGUCAGCUGAGAAGCUCAAAGAACAGGCUGAGCAUAGCAAGGCUCUCACUCCCUUGCAAAAGGGCGAGCUGAUUCAUGAGGCCUCAGAAAGGUUGCAGAGGAAGAGCAAGCUUCUGGGGAAGCUCAACUACAAGAAGUCUCAGGUCAGAAGGCUCAUUGACUGGCUGGGUGCCAAAUAUGUCUCAGCUGACUUAGUGACCAACAUUUCUGAGACUGAGAGCAAGACCAGGUGCCUCCUGACUUGGCAGGAGUUUGACAAGACCUUGUGGUUGGCCACCUGUGCCUCAGCUGAGACCUUGAAGGCCUCAGACAGAGUGGCAUCUCCUGAGGACUUUGUCUCAGCGCGUCCUCACCUUGUCAUAGGCUUCUCAGAUCAGAUUCCCCUGUGGGCCAAGGCCACUGGCAGGAAAGCUAUCUUUGCUGAGGAAGAGCUCCAGAAGCCUGAGCACAUCAAAGACUUCUCAGAAGUGAGGCAAGCCAUUUUGGAGGUUAUGCACUCAGGUGACCCUGCUGAGAUGGUGGUGCAGCCACUGCAAAAGAAGCAGAGCUUUGAGUCAGCCACACCACCAACAAAAAGGCAGCUCAGCUUUCCUUCCUCAAGCCCAAGUCCACCCAGCAGUGUUGUGAGGAAGCUCAGCUUUGGGGAAUCUGCAGGGUCUUCUGAGCAAGUGGUGCCUGCCACACCUGAGGAGCAGCCAGAACCUGAGGAAAGCAGUCAGCAUGCAGUGGCACCUGCAAUCCCUGACAAGGAGGUGAGCUCAGCCCAGCAAGGAGCCCAGAAACCAAAACCUCUCCCUCAGGCCUCAGCCACUACCCUAAUUGGGGUGUCAGGUGAUGAGCGCUUUCGCAUCACCUAUGAAGCAAGGCAAUUGCUUCAUUCAGUGCAUUCUCAGGAUGAGAUUGUUGGAUCAGUGGGCAAGGGCCUGCUGGUUGUGCCUGGCCAGUGGGCCAGGCUCAGCAACAUCUCAGAGAAUGGCACUUGGCUGAAGACUGAGAGCUUCCAGGUUGGAGACAAGACUGUUGUCAGGAAGCAAGAAACCUCAGUUGGAAGGAUCCUGGAGCCCUACAGGAAACUGAGGAAGAGCCACCCUGAGUUGAUGUCCAAGCUUGAGGUGAUGUCUCAGCCUGCCAGCAAUGUGGACUCAGUGAUCCUCACUUGGGCUCAGGCUGAGCAGUACCCAUGCUCAAUGUGGAUGAGAGACUGCUUCAGCUCAGUGUUCACUGACUCAGCUGCUGAAGCCAUGGCUUUGGCCAACCAGCUAAGCUGCCUUGUGGCUGAGAAAUGCACUUCCAAGCUCCAGAUCACUGACACAGACUUUGCCAAGCAGUUCAAGGCCCUGGUCAGGAGCAAGCUGACUGAGAUGAGAUCUGAGUGGCAGACUCAGAUCAGAGAUUCCCACUCAGUUUGGAAGGUUGGCCCAAAGGAGAUUGUCACAGCAGCGGUUCAUGCCCAGGAAUUCCUCAGUGACAAGAAUCUCAGAGACCAGUGGGUCCUAAGGGCUGCUGAGUUGGAGCUUGAGAUGGGCACUAAGAGGUACAAGCCUGAGUACCUCAGUGACAGACUCAAAUGGCUCAACAGUGAAGGUGUGCCCGUAGAUGCUGACUGGAAUUUGAGCGAGGUGGCUAAGAGCAUCACAGACCUUCAGGUAUGGGACUAUUUUCACCCUGAAGAUGAAGAUGAGACAGGAGAGCUUGAGAUCACAGAUGCCCUCAAUGAGGAUUUGGAGCUGGAGCUCCAAAACUCCUUGUCAUUGAGGCUGAGUCCUGCAUUGAGGCGAGCUGGCCUCAGGAGAUUGGGCACCAAGCAGUACAAAGAAGCAAAGCUCUCAGAAAAGAAGAACCCCAAGCACAGGGCAGGUAGGGCUAAGCUGAGGAAAGCUCACAGGAGCAAGUUGGUAAAGGCUUUGGCUCUGAAGGUUCAGUCCCAGUCCAGAAGAGAAGCCUUAGCAGAGAUCAAGCCUGAAGCUCAGCAGAAGAAGAAGAAGGCUCAGAAACCUUCCCUGGUCUUGAAGGCAGCACUGAAGAUGAAAGCAAGUGCCAAGACUAAGGCAAGCCUGCACUCCAAGCCCUCAGCUGUUGCAAAGGCAGAGAAGAAGAUGGCUCUCAAGGCCAAAGCUGACAAGGAGCUGCGUGCAGCUGAGAAGAUUGCUGCUGAGGAGGCACCACCCCUGCCACCCCCAGCAGAAGGCCCUCCAGCCAGUGAGGAAGAUAGCCUUCUUCACACUGAUGUUGUGGUGAUCUCAGAGGCAGCUGGCAAGAUCAGUUUUGGCAAGGUUGGCAACCUCAUGUCCUUCUCUUCUUCCUCAGGAGCCUACACCUUGAUGAGUGACACUGGUGCAUACCAGGUGAUGCCUGAGUGGCUGGAACCCAAGGACAGCAAGCCUGCUGUCAAGCCAGUCCAGUGGCCCAAGUGGAGCCAGCUCAGCAAAAAGGACACCAAGCUCAUCUUGACUCAGCUCAGCAGCAACCCUGAGGAUCAGAGUUCCCUGCAGUUUGAUGAAUGGUCCUACCACACAGUCCUCCCAUGCCCUCAGGAUGUUGCUGAGGUUGAAGACCAGCACCUGUGGUUGGGCUGGGUUCUGCUGAGGUGGAUGCUGAGCAAGAGCAACUUGCCAAGCUGUGAGGAGUUGGGGAUCAACUGUGUUGAUCCCAUCCUCAGCAAGCUGUUGAAUGAUCAGGAUGACCCCUAUCAGCCAGCAGCCUUAGAGGCUGGUGUUCAGAGCUGCUGGCUUGAGUCCACCAAGGUUCUCUUAGUCCCCAUCUAUGCAUCCUUCCACUGGACCCUGCUGGUGGCUAAGCGCGAAGGCCCUCAGCACCCCAUAGCAUGGACAAGGUAUGACAGCCUCAGCCAAGAACAUGCUGAGUCCCACCCUGUCCAGCUGAGAAUGGGGAAGCUGCUGGAUCCUCAGUUUGAGCUGCCACCUCUCAAGAAUGUGGCCAAGCAGCCCAUUGGCUCCAAUGCCUGCAGGUUGGAAAGCAUGGAAGGAAAGGCUCAACAAAGCUUGUGGCAAGCUAGCCUCAGAGGCUGA